AUGCUAGCUCUGACAUCUGAUGGCUUCGCUCACUGGGCUCUUCUGUGUCUACUGACGAUGCAAAGGAAAAGCGCCCGAGGUUGGCACGACCUGGACAACACGGAAUAUGAUUGCUGGCCAUUGCAAAACCCACACGAGUAUAACAUGAUCGACUGCGGGGGUCUAGAAAUGGCUUGGAUCCGGAGACCUCCAGAGAAAGUCCUCAGUGGUGAAGAAUUUAAUGUGACAUAUUCAGUUACUGUGACAGAUCAUUUUUACUAUUGGGCUGUGGAGAACAGAAUGCUCUUGCACAUCAACGCCAGUGCAGCAAAGGCCUUCUGUGAAGAGAAGGAGUGCCCCUCAGACUGGAAAAAUGCAAACGAAGACAACUGCUGUGUUCACCAUGCCAACAUCCACUCCUGCCCGCUGUCGUUUAUGGUAAAAGGUGGAAUUUGUGGGCCAUGGAUCCCAGACGAUGGACAUAUUAUUACUCACACGAUAUCUACUGCAGGAAAAAUGAGCCAAACAAAUUGGACAGCCAAGGUUGUUCUUGUACAUCUUGGCGUGACUUCCUUAAUAGCUCACAUAAAGGUGGGACACAUGCAAGCUGCCCUGGAAGCCAAAACCACUGUCUUACCAGCAAAAGUGUGUGGAGAUGACAGCUGUGAUGAAGAUGAGUCGUGCUCCACCUGCCCAGCAGACUGUGGCGAGUGCACAGCAACCAUCAAAAUGGCCAUCAGCUUCCCCAUCUCCCUGGUCUGUGUCGGCUUCAUCCUCACUGUAGUGUGGUUUCAGUACCAGAAGCAAAAAAUGUUGUGGGAUGAAAGUUGGAUUAUCAACUUCAAUCAAAUUAAACAAGAUCAUUCAUUGCACACUGGGAUGGGGAGCAUCAACAGCGUCCCAAAUGGAAUCAGUGAUUCCAAUACCAGCUGUAUCACCACAGUCAGCUCUUGUACCGCAGCCAUUAACACAUCCAGAAAGCAACACUUCAUCCAGACUGGCAUAUUUGAUGGUCGAACUGUCGCCACCAAGAGAAUAAAAAAGAGAACUUUUACCCUAUCCGAAGUCAUUCGCAAAGAAGUGAAACAAGUCAGAGAACUGGACCACCCAAACCUCUGUAAAUUCAUCGGAGGCUGUAUUGAAGUUCCAAACGUGGCGAUAAUCACGGAGUACUGCCCGAAAGGCAGUCUGAACGACGUGCUCCUGAAUGAAGAUAUCCCAUUAAACUGGGGGUUCAGGUUCUCGUUUGCGACUGACAUAGCCAGGGGAGUGGCUUAUCUUCACCAGUGCAAGAUAUACCAUGGCAGGUUAAAAUCCACCAACACAGUCAUUGAUGACCGCUGGGUUUGCAAACUCACAGAUUUCUGCUUGUCGCUCUACAGAAAGGAGGACUUUCCGGAGGCCCCUAACACGUACCGCCAGCGUUUGAUUCAAGCUUAUCUUCCCCCUGAGGCCCAGAUGUCAACCAACUUUGAACUAUGCCCAGCAACAGAUGUUUACAGCUAUGCCAUUAUUCUACUAGAAAUUGCAACCAGAAGUGACCCUGUGCCGAGAGAUGACGGAAACUCUACAGAAUACGGAUGGUGCCCUCCUCUACCAGAAUUAAUAACCGGAAAAUCGGAAAACGCCUGCCCAUGUCCAUCCGAAUACAUCAUGCUAAUCAGGAAGUGUCGAGCACAGAAUCCAGCCCAGCGGCCCUUGUUUGAGCAGAUAAAGAAAUACCUGUACAAGAUUAACCCCAAUAAAGUCAGCCCUGUGGACACGAUGAUGACACUGAUGGAGAAGUAUAGCAAGCACCUGGAAGUGCUGGUGGCUGAGAGAACACAGGAUCUGGUGCACGAGAAACAGAAAACCGAUCGUCUGCUUUACAGUAUGUUGCCAAAACAAGUGGCUGACGAUCUGAGACAAGGGAUUGUGGCUCAAGCUCAGAGUUACUCAAGCGCCACAAUUUUCUUCAGUGAUAUUGAAGGCUUCACUCAGUUGUCGAGCACCAGCACUCCGUACCAGGUUGUGGAAUUCUUAAACAAACUGUACACCACCUUUGAUGAAAUAAUAGACAAUUACGAUGUCUACAAAGUGGAAACUAUAGGAGACGCAUAUAUGGUGGUCUCAGGAGUUCCUAAUGAAAAUGGCAUCUCUCACGCAAGUGAAAUAGCCAGGCUGGCUCUAGAUCUGGUGGCCAUUUGCGAUACUUUCAAAAUCCCACACAAACCGCAGACAAAACUAAAGAUCCGGGCUGGAAUCCACUCAGGGCCAGUGGUGGCAGGAGUGGUUGGGAUAAAAAUGCCCCGUUACUGCUUAUUUGGUGACACAGUAAACACGGCCUCAAGGAUGGAAUCAACGAGUGAAGCAUUGAAGAUACAAUGUAGCUCCACUACACACAGUCUACUGGAGCAAAUCGGAGGAUAUAUACUAACAUGUCGUGGCACGUUGCAAAUAAAGGGGAAGGGUGACAUGGUGACUUACUGGCUUGAAGGGAAACAAACUUUAUCAUCAAACACACUAGUGAACACACCAAUGAACACGGCAGUGACCACACCAGUGAACGCACCGGUGAACACGGCAGUGACCACACCAGUGAACGCACCGGUGAACACGCCAGUGAAUAUGACAGUGAAACCAUCACUGAGCACAGCCUGUCAGGAAAACACCUCAUCCAUCCUAGAGUGCGAGAAACAGAGAUACAAUGUUAUUCCUGGAGUGUUGAGCAAUGAACUUCAGACAAACUCGGCAUAA